AUGGCGGAUGCUUUGGAUGAUGACGAGUACCUGGAUCGAGCAUCCACCUCUCCAUCGCCCGCAGUCGUGGGUGCUACUCUCGACGUCGGCUCUGACCAGGAUGAAGCAGGACCUAAAUCGGCUGAUGAACCUCGCGCUGCUCUCAUUUCCAAGCGCAAGCGCUCUGCCGAUGCGAGUGGGAAAGGAAUGGACGAGGUGGCCAAGAAGGCCAAAAAGAAGCAAAAGCAAAAGGCGAGAGAUAAAGCUCGCAAAGCGCAGGUGAGAAUUAUAGCAUGUACACAUGAGAGCAGGCAAUCUUCCAUAACUGCCUCUGCCACGUGCAGCGUAGCGUAUGCUGUUGCUCACAUACACAUUAUUGCGUCUUUCCUUCAUCGAUCUUUGGCAAUGCGGUUUGCCCAUCAAGCGCAACGAGGUCAGGUCUGAGAUGACCGCGCUAGGAGGACCUGGCCGACUACCUUGCGAUUUGCAAGCUGACUACUUGCGCAAAGUGAUGCGCAAGUGUAAGUUCCUGGAAAAGCAGAGCGAUUUGGAACUGAAUGAGGUCGCAAUCAGUCGUGAGUGGUGUAAGGAACGCGCUGCAGCUUGGAUCGUUUGGGUCGCGAUUCAUUGCGCAAACUCAUGCUCAGAGUCUGUCUCGACGCGAAACAGAGAAGAAUUUGGUGGAGACCACAGAUUUUGUGCAAGAGAGGACUGAUGAUACGUUGGUGGAGUUUAUUCGGGCGGGUGAGUCAGCGUGUAGGCUUCUGACCCUCACUCUGCAUCGGCACUCCUACCAUCGAGCUAAUCGCAACGCAUCCAUCCAUAUCAGUCUCUCCGAGCACCGCAGCCAUUCUCGACAAUUUGCAAGCGCACGAGGUUCAGCCUGCGCAACCCGUUUGCCUGGUCGUAACAGGCAAUGCGAUGCGCGCGGCAGAUCUGUGCAGGAGCUUGAGAGCCUUUCUCGGUUCUCGAGCUGGGCCAGAAGAGAAGAGUCAAGAGUCAAGCGGUGCAGGUCAGAAGCAAAAGAGCAACAAAUCAGCCAAGAAGCGAGAAGCCUCGUGCAAGGCUGAGAGAGGCAAAUUGACGGUGGCCAAGUUGUUCGCUAGACAUUUCAAGGUGCGUAAGCAGGAUGGCAGACAUCUGUAUUUGGAUUUUGUGAUCACGGACUCUGACUUUCUUCUCUGCUCGGCUCAUCAGCUCAAGGAACACGUCGAAUGGCUAAAAGAUAACAAGAUUCCACUCGCAGCAGGUACACCUCAACGUCUCCGCGCCCUUCUCGAAACAGAGAACUCCCACUCAGCAGAAUCAGAGCCCGCCUCGGCCUUGGAUCUGUCCAAAUUGCAGCUCUUGGUUCUGGACGUGACGUGGAGAGAUGAGAAAGAAAGAGGUCUUUUGGAGGGAUUUGAGACGAGGGAUGAAACUGUCAGGCUAUUGAUCUGCGAUCAGCUCAGGUCCAAGAUCGCGCAGAAUGUCAGAAUCGCCUUGUUCUAA